AACUGAUUAUACGCUAUUUCCUCUAGCUAAACCAUAAACAUGAAGAAAUUAAAGCUGAAAGAACUGGAAAGCUGUCUUCAAGAAGUCGAUACUUUUGACAGUCCAAAACUACUCCUUGAACAGUAUCCAACAAGACCUCAUAUCGCAGCAUGUAUGCUUUAUACAAUUCACAAUACUUUUGAUGAUAUUGAAAACAAAACAAUUGCAGAUUUAGGAUGUGGUUGUGGCAUGCUCAGCAUUGGAAGUGCAAUGUUAGGAGCAGGAUUCUGUGUGGGAUUUGACAUAGAUGCAGAUGCACUGGAAAUAUUUAAUAGCAAUAUUGAGGACUUUGAGCUCACGAACGUCAACAUGGUUCAGUGUGACAUCUGUUCUUUAUCUGGUAGCAUGGCAGAUGCUUUUGACACAGUUAUUAUGAACCCUCCGUUUGGUACCAAGCAUAAUAAAGGAAUUGAUAUGAUUUUUCUGAAAACUGCUCUGCAAAUGGCAAAAACAGCUGUAUAUUCCCUUCACAAAACUUCAACACGGCAGCACAUUCAAAAGAAAGCAGAUGAAUGGGAAGUGAAGAUGGAAGUCAUAGCAGAACUUAGAUUUGACCUACCAGCAUCAUACAAGUUCCAUAAGAAGAAAUCAGUUGACGUUGAAGUGGAUUUCAUUAGAUUUUCUGCCAAGAAACUCCUGAACUGAGGCAUGUCUUUAAAACCUAUUGAAAAUGGAACAAUAAAACCGCUAAUUUUUUAAAA